UGCCUCAAUCAUCUGCCAUGUCAUCCCCUGUGAAUCAGCACCAUAUUUAUAUACUUAACUCGGACACAGUGAUCUUUCAAGGGCACAAGAUUCAACCUUGUAGGUCCACGGAGACCCCGAUCUGACCUUCCAAUCUCCAUCCUCAUCUCCGCAGUCUGACCUCGCCGCAUCUCACUCUCAUCGCGUCAGCCCUGCAGAUCGACAGCACCCGCGUGGCCAGCUUAGGAAGUUCUCAAGCAGCGCGGCUCGCGGCACGCCUCACAACCCGCAGGAUCGCCUGCUCGUCACCGAUUAGUUCAGGCCCGUUGAGCGGCCGGUGGGCAAGGAUUGCAAUCCGUUUGCCGAGGACCGCUAGCCAUGACGGGGCAGCAGGCCGUUGCUGCAGGUAAAAAUGCAGAACGGAUCACAGAAGAUGACCGCUUGAGCGGUGGUGAGCUGAAGGCGCACAAGGUGGAUGUUGGCGUGGGCUCACACGGGCUCAGUGGGUUCACGGUGGUGGGGAUCUGGUCGAGUAGAUCGCUGUGGGCUGGAGGGAGGAUAUAGAGAUGUGGGACUGGGGGAGAAGAUAUUGCGGGAGGCACGGUUAUGUCGCGAAAGAGUGCGGAGAGCCGACAAGAAUAAGCGCGCUCUGGUGGUUAUGUUGGUGAAGAAUAUUAAGGAAGAGUUUCCUGUGUCCAACAGCCACAUAUAUUUGCUGCAGGUACCAGAGCUUGCCGAACC